AUUUUUAACGAUGGCUUACAAAUCUGACCUUGUCAACGGGCUCCUGGGCGGGCUCUCGGUAAUCAAAGGAGCAAAGGGCACAUUAGCCGAGUGCGCCGCCAGGCUACAGCGCCUUAAGAAGGACGGUUUCCCUGAGCGUUGGAUAUUAUUAGCAAAUGCCCCCGCUGACAGUGUGAAUCAGCUCAGUCUGUGGCCGGGUAGGGAGAGGGAGCGGGUAGUCGCCUGCUGGGGUUGUUGCUGUGGGUUGGGGGACAGGUCGGUUCCGAUCUGGGCCGAGUCUCAACUCGGUUCAGGUGAAGCCAGGCUUCGCCUUCGUACCGACCGGCACCAACAGUGGCGGGAGGCAGGCUGCGCGGAGGCGAUGUGACGGCGUCGACCUUCUUUUCUUUCUCUCUGGGUUUUUUUUUAUUUUUAAGAAAAGAGCAGCGAAGGCAGUCGCCACAGCCGUCCACCACGAAGCUGAUUCGUGCUCCCUCUCCCCACAACCCAACCUCCUUCCCCGGCUCUGGUGCUCCAUCGAGCGGCCGCAGCCGCAGCCGCUUUCGCAACCCCGCCCACUCCCCCCCCGUCUCCGUCUAAUAAGGAAGAAGCUUGCUUGCUUGUGUGUGUGACUGAGAAAAGAAGUAGUAGUAGAAGGAGAGUGUAGUAGUGACAGAGAUACGCGCUUUUCACUCGCCUUUCCUUUCUUGGAUUAAUCUGUGCGCUGGGCUGCUGACUGCCACGCUCUCAGACCCCCGUUGAAUUAUUUUUAAAAAACAAAGACUCGGGAAAAGAAGCAAACAUUCCGAAUCGAGGGAGAGAGAAGGUUCCUGCGCCCCUUUUUCAGCGACGAGGAUGAACUCCAGCAGUAUUUACGCCAGCCGUAAGCGGCGAAAGCCAGUUCAGAAAAGCGUAAAAUCCCUGGCACCUGAAGGAGCAAAGUCAAAUCCAUCUAAAAGACAUCGGGACCGAUUGAAUGCAGAGCUAGAGCGUCUAGCCAACCUUCUGCCUUUCCCACAGGAUGUUGUAUCCAAAUUGGACAAACUCUCUGUUCUCCGGCUCAGUGUCAGUUAUCUCAGAGCUAAAAGUUUCUUUAAUGUAACUUUGAAAUCUAAUAGGAAUGGUAUCCCGGAAAACUGCAAACAACCUCAACCAAGAGAGCAUCUUCAAGAAGGAGAACUUCUGCUACAAGCUCUCAGUGGAUUUGUGCUGGUGAUUACAGCUGAAGGUUUAGUUUUUUACACAUCUUCCACCAUUCAGGACUAUCUAGGAUUUCACCAGUCUGAUAUCAUCCAUCAGAGUGUAUUUGAAUUGAUCCAUACUGAAGAUAGAGCUGAAUUUCGACGACAACUUCAUUGGGCUUUGAAUCCAGGUUCAAAUACUGAAUUGGGAAAAGUGGUUCAAGGUGAAAAUGGACUUCCAUUGCCCAUCGCCCAUUAUAGUCCUGAACAGCUUCCCCCAGAAAAAUCGCCUUUCUUGGAAAGGAACUUUGUAUGCAGGUUAAGAUGUCUCCUGGAUAAUUCCUCUGGAUUUCUGGCUAUGAAUUUCCAAGGUAGACUCAAAUUUCUUUAUGAACAGAAUAUGAAGGGAAAAGAUGGCUCAACUAUCCCUCCACAGUUGGCUUUGUUUGCAGUAGCAACACCACUGCAGCCUCCAUCCAUUUUGGAGAUCCGAACCAAAAAUUUCAUUUUCAGAACCAAACACAAAUUAGACUUCACACCAAUGGGCUGCGAUGCUAAAGGGAGGAUAGUCCUGGGUUACACAGAGGCUGAAUUAUGUAUGCGAGGAAGCGGCUAUCAGUUUAUUCAUGCAGCUGACAUGAUGUACUGUGCAGAAAACCAUGUCCGAAUGAUGAAGAAAGGAGAAAGUGGAAUGACUGUUUUCAGGCUUUUGACCAAAGAGAAUAGGUGGACCUGGGUGCAAGCAAAUGCACGAUUGGGAUACAAAAAUGGGAAGCCAGAUUAUAUUAUUGCCACACAAAGACCUCUCACGGAGGAGGAAGGGGAAGAGAAUUUGCAAAAACGAACUUUGCAGUUGCCUUUUAAUUUUGCAACGGGGGAGGCAUUGCUAUAUGAAGAAAAUUGUACAAUGCUUGGAUUAUUGGAUCCUACAGUUAAUCAAUUAACUCACACAACAGUGGCAGAAACGUCAAGAAAGCAGGAACCAUUAGAUCCAAACUCCCUUCUUGGUGCCAUUUUAAGCCAAGAUAGAUCGGUAUAUGUAUCUGGUCCUUCACAACAUCAAAAAUUUGGCCUUGAGAAGACCUUUUUUAACGAAAACAAAGAUAUGGAAUUAAGUGAUGCCUAUCCACAUGAUUGGAAAGAACUUCUGUUCAAUGAAGAUAACAGUAUUAGGAAAAUUGACUGCAUGCAGAAGCAAAAACCUUUCCCUGCUCCUGAAAAAAAUGUUGACUUUUUGGCAAAUAACAUUGGCAGUGAACUUUAUAACACUAUGAAAAACCUUGAUAUAGAACUAGAAGACUUUGAUCUAAUUUGCCAGGAUGAAACAUUCCUGAAGGCUCAUUGGGAUGAGGCUGGAGAUAUAAAUAACAUUACACUGAAUGAUGAAAUUCUAACUUAUGUUCAGGAAUCGCUGAAGAAGAAGGCUGACUGCAUGUAUUCAAGCUGUAUACAGGAGGAACCACUUAAUUCAAACUCAAGUGACAUGAUGCAGCAACAACUUCCGACACAACACUUGCAACAGCAACAAAGGUUUCUAACACAUUUGCAACAACAGCAGCCACUUCCAGUGCAACACCUGCAGCAGCAGCAGCCACAUCCAGUGCAACACCACCAGCAACAGCAGCAGCCACUUCCAGUGCAACACCACCACCAGCAGCAGCAGCAGCCACUUCCAGUGCAACACCACCACCAGCAGCCAUGUCCAGUGCAACACCACCUUCAGCAGCAGCAGCAGCAGCCACUUCCAGUGCAACACCACCAGCAGCAGCAGCAGCCACUUCCAGUGCAACACCACCAGCAGCAGCAGCAGCCACUUCCAGUGCAACACCUGCAGCAGCAGCAGCCACUUCCAGUGCAACACCUGCAGCAGCAGCAGCCACUUCCAGUGCAACACCUGCAGCAGCAGCAGCCACUUCCAGUGCAACACCUGCAGCAGCAGCAGCCACUUCCAGUGCAACGCCACCAGCAGCAGCAGCAGCAGCCACUUCCAGUGCAACGCCACCAGCAGCAGCAGCCACUUCCAGUGCAACGCCACCAGCAGCAGCAGCCACUUCCAGUGCAACGCCUGCAGCAGCAGCAGCCACUUCCAGUGCAACGCCUGCAGCAGCAGCGACAACAACUUGCAACACAACACUUGUUGCAGCAACAGCCUCCAAUCCAACAUCAUCUGCAGCAGCAACUUCUAUCACAACGUUACCAGCAAGAACAGCAACAAUCUCAGAUGCAACAUUAUCAGCAGCAGCAGCAGUUGUGCCAGAAAAUGAAGCUCAUGAAAGUCAAUGGCCCUUCCUCAAACUGGAACUCAGGCAGUGAAAGUCUUGCUAAUGAUCAGGAGAAGCAGCUUGGUUUCUCUGUUUUGGACAGCACAUCAUUGGGGUUUCAAUACAAAUCUGAGCUUAAUGUUACCACUUCAGCGUGUCAGCAAGCCUUCCUGUUGUAUCAGCAGGGAGUUGCUGGGUUAAUCCAGCCUUCUGACUUCAGCCAAACAGAUGUGCUAGUUGAUGGCUUUCAUACACAGAACAGCAAUGCAGUUAAUGGCCUAGAAGACUACCUGAACUAUGUACAGCAACAUUCAGAGAUUCAAGAUUGUGGUGCUGUAAGCCCGUCAAUGGAUUUAAUUACACCACAGGCAUGUUACACUGGUGCCAUGUCAAUGAUUCCAUGUCUAACAGAAAUUGAUUUGUCCUGUAUGGAUACAAUGCAAUUCAAUUCAACAAACUCAGGCCAAGACCCAUUUUUAGCCAAGAUGCAAAAUGGAUGCAAUGACGGAAGCAGUAAUGAAGUUUAUCCAAGUAUUUUUGAUAACGUGAAUUACACACACACAGCUCCACAUGAUCAUCCAGGAGAGCCUGGAACCUACUCAAAUCAAUCAUCUAGUGGCUUUAUGUAGGCAAACAUGGAAAUUUCUGUCCUAUGACAAGUGUGGGAGUGUUUUUGUGUUGCUUGCUGAAGGAACCGACAUUUGUAUGUAGAAUGUGAAUGAGCAAGAGACUAUACUGUGCUGGAUUUUAUUAUGGGCUCUCUGGUCUUCAAAUACCAUGAUGCUCUUUUAUAGCUGGUUUACAGUCUGGUUCCCAUAUGUAUGUUUGUUCCAAAAUUCAUAUGGGAAGUAUCAAGAAGUUCCUUCACAUUGAAUGAGCUCUAUUGAAAUGGUUGGUUGGACUUGGAGAUGUAGGAUUCAGCACCAAUUAUAAUUUAAAAUGAACCUACUUUUACAACUGUAGAAGGUGGUUAUUCCAGUGUGCUAAAAGUAAAAAGGUUGUGUUCAUUAAUUUGCCCGAUGUACUUUUGCCAAAUGGAAAUGAUCCUUCCAAGACUCUGCAUGCGAGAUAAGAUUAUGACAAUCAUUUCCCUUUUCACCACCUUCCCCACAACUAUACAUAUUAUGGCACUUUAAAAGCAGUAGUAACACAAGGACAGUCUGCUGCAUGGAAAUGAAACUGUAAAGGAUUUUUUUUCUUCUGUGGAGCAGCUGGCAGUAAAUAUAAAAAGACAUUUGGUUAUAUUUAUUUUUUGUCUCAAAUUGAUAUAAACCUAAAUAUUUGUGGUAGUUCCUAUACAUGGUGAUGGUGUUGUAGUAGAAGUUCACAACCUGAUGAUUUCAUAACAUUUGACACCAUUUAUUGAUUUUUUUCAAAACUUGUGACCCACCAGCUGUCAUGUUAUAAUGGGAAUGUUGAAGAACCCUGUAGUAACUUUCCUUAAUACCAAAGAAACAGCAAUUAUUUUCAGUGACAGAAAGGUAUCCCACAGACACUGUAUAAGUAGAAUACAGAAUGGGGAGCAUUGGAAUAGUUGACAGGAAGACUUUUGUUAACAAUUAGGUUAAUUAGAAUUAAUAUCUAUGAAGAGUUUUUAAUCACUAAAACAGGUAUCUGUUGGGCCCCAAUUUAUAUCCUCCCUUUAAAGAACCUGUAUAAAAUUUAUAUUAAUUGUAUAUUUUAGUUAGGACUAAAAUAUUGGUGUUCCACAAAAAUGGUUGUGUGUUAUGAUAAAUUGUUCAAGACUUCAGUAAGUAUUUAACAUUAGAGAGCAAUCACUGAAUAUAGUGGGUAGCUUUAGAAGCACUUUCUCCCACUCCCAUUUAUGUAAGUUGCACUGAUGCACAAAUUUCAAUAAUGGGUACCUUAUUUUUUUCCCCAUGUGUCUUAACAGCAAUAUUUCCAUAAAUUAUCUUGUGAAAGGAUUUCAAAUAAAAAUUACCUUCCAGGAAUUAUAUUACACGGUGAUGUCUCUUAUUAGUUAUAUGAAAAUCUGUGCCUGAUCCCAGGAACCAUGAUAUAGUCUGGUGUAUUUAAUUUAAAGAAAAUAUGAUCUAUGCAGCUACCUUGUGUAACUUGGUAGUUUUACAGAUGUUGACGUGGUUAGCUCUGGCACAUGUGGCAUGCAUGCAACAUGUAGCAAGACAGUAUUGAGGAUUAUUGCAUGGAUUUCCCAUUAUAAUUUGUACUUUUCCCUUGUACUUGCAUAUAUAGCUAUUAUGUUCUUCCAUGAGCACCAAGCCUCUGUUAUUAUACCUACCCCUUAUACAUUGCACUCUUUGAGGAAAAAAACAUACUUAAAGUAAAAGCUCUUAUUGAUUCAGUGAGCAAUUACAAAGAACUACAAUAAAAUUCUGCUUUAAUUAUUAGAAGCUAUCAUGUACAGUUUAUCAAAGAAAUGUACUUUUCAAAUGCAAUUACUUUAUCGGACAGGUUUUAUAGACUUAAACACAAAUAGUGGUGCAAAAUGUACCUUUUUUGAUAAUUACUAAUUUUAACGUUCAAAUUUACAGUGUGCAUUAUGUAACAUUUUCUGAACAAAAUUGUUCUUGUGAAGAUAAUUUUAUUAAGAUGCAUUUAUUACAUUUUUUAAAAUUUGCUAGUUGCAUAUGCAAAGACCAAAAGACAAUAAUAUGCAAAGCUAAUGGUGUUGGUUUUUAAAAUAUUCCUCUAUUUCAGCUUUCUUUUUUUAAGGGACAUUUUGGGCGGAUGCCACAUGAAUUUAGUUUGCCUGUUACUUAACAGGAGACCCACUUGAGUCGAGAAGCAUUUGCAAUCCAUCAAGCAAAACAAAAACUUCUAUUGAACACAUAAUUUGAAAAUCAGAUUUGGAAAAAUCACUCUGAAAUAGAGACUCAAUCAAAUGUAACUUUUUCCACCUCCCUUAAGGAUUACACUGGUUACAUUCACUUAUGCUUUGUAACUUUUAUUAGGUCAUGACUAUGAAUACUUUCCUUAAUUCCUAAAUUUCCUUAAUGUUGUAUCAUUUAUCCCCAGAAAAGCAAUAUGUUCAAUAAUACCAUUACACUUCUCCUGGAUCUUUAAAGAUUUAUCAGUUCUAUGUCUUAAGCCUCUCCUUUUGUCUGUAACCCUACUAAGUGCCCAUGUAGUAUAAACAUUCCUUUAGUUUCCAAACCUUAAUCAAUAUUGCUGGGCUUAUCACAUUGAAGGAUGUCUGCCAUGCUUUAAAUUAUUUAGUUAUGAUUAAGUAUCAGUUCCCAAUACCUUUGCAUAUUUGUGCCAUCUGGAACUUUGGAAUGAUUACAAAUUAUUAAAGGUGAUAGGUGACCAGGCAACAGUACUAACUCAAAAAUCUACAGAUUACAUCUGUGACCUGACUCCAUAGAUUUAAUCUUAGCAAAGGCAAUCCUCUGCUCACAAAUCUUCAAUGGAAAGUUCCAUGUCCGGCAUGAUACUUGUCUGUUAAAAUUUUGUUUAAAGGUGGUUUUUAACAGAAACAAAUCUUGUCCAGGAUGUUACCCAGCUCAGUUUCUGGAAAUUAACAUAUGUCAAAUCUAUUUUUAUCAUCCUUGGCCAACGUGUCUCAAUUUAGUCCCUUCCUUAAUCACAUUAAUGCAGCAAAUUCUUUGUGUCUUGAAAGUAUGUUGUUGAACUCUUCAUAUGGCUAUAAGUUUAUACUUUGUAAUGUCUUUCAGUACACUUCCUAUAACGUCAACAAUUUACAAGUCCACUUGCUUCCCCUUUGGUAUUACAACUAAAAUGGUCAACUUUUUCAGUCCAGUAGUGUUGGACUGGACUGUAAAAGGAUAAUGAAUGUGAAGCUCGUGAUCCCCAUAUUGUUUCCUACUUCCUUCAGAACUAUGUUAAAUGGUAUGAGAUCCAGUAGCAUAACCAGCCUUCCUAGUGCCUUAAUCCUAGUUAAGUCUAUCUCUGUAGUUACUUUCUCAUAUUAAAUUGCAUUUGGGAUCUUUCACAGCCCUGUUGCAUCAUUUUAACUUUUAAUGUUUUGCUAUACACAAUUGAGAUCUAAGCUAAAUAUUUAUAGAUGAUGGAGAUUUGAAAGCCAUGAACGAUUAUCUUUGCAGAGAGUGGCCUAGUUGAUUCCUGUAGGACAGAAGAUAAGGUGACCUUUUUCUGUGUCAUCUGCACUGCCUAAUACUAGAUUAGCCUGACUACAUAUAAAGGGAACAAAAUUUCCAUCAACACUAACAACCAUGAGUCAGAACCUUUAUUGGAGAGAAUGAAAUUUAAGCGCCGCCUUUCUUAACCUGAAAACUGCCAGCCAGAAGCAUCAAAUGCAUUUUGGAAAUGAAGUGCAGAAUUAAUUUUCAUUGCAAAUCCUGAAUAAGUUUUUUUUAAAUGUUUGUGAAUAUGAUGAGUAGUAGCUGGGUCUACAAACACUGUAUUAAGGGUAUAAAGGGACAGCAUCAUUAUUGUACAAGAGUACAGUUUGUGAAAUACGGCUAUAUCAUAUUAUAGUCUAUUAAGCCAAAUACAAACCACCAUCCCGUUACUAAGUGCCAAAUAUCCAGUACGACUUGUGUACUGUCUUAUCAGCAUUUUCAUUUGUUGUACUACAUACAUAGCUGCUUAUUAGUGUUUUGCCCUAUACGUUCUACAGCAGCUGAGCCUUAGUAGUAGAUAAUGAAAUGGUGUUUGCAAGAUUCUGAUGAUUGCACUAGCACCGUAAAGAUUUGGAAGUAGUUCAAAUUCUGCUCUCUGCCCUCCUUUUAUGUUAAAGUGGUGUUUAAACAGUAUUACUGUAAAUGUUUCUUGUACAUUUUUUGACUUGUUUCCAAUUGUUUUGCUCACAAAUUGCUAUGUCCACACACACUGUACAUGUUUCUCUUAAAAUAUGGUUUUCAGUGAAGUUUGUAAAACUUAAGUAUUGUAAUAAAAAUUCACUGAAUGUG